AUGAGUAAGAACAUGCAAAGUGGGUGUGUCUGUCAUAUAAAUGGAUGGUUUAUUGGAUUGCCCAUCAUAUGGUCAAAAGUUGAGGCCUUUUAUCACAUCAAAAUAUGGGAGAUGGUUGACAGUAGUGAAGGCUCUGUAGCCAGAAAUGGUCUUUAUAAGGCCUUAGCUUUAACAGCCCUUGCACAACAGGGCAAACAACUCAAUGAGAAGUUGUUGGAAAGUUUUUCUGGCCAAGAGUUGCCCAAACCAGCAUUGGGUGAUUUGACUGAUCUAAAGAAUACCAGUAUGAAGUUGAGAAGACAGAAGAAUCCUAAUGUACUAGGUUUAAAUUACAGUGAUCUAUGUAACUUAGAUACUGUUAAAGUGGAACUAGUGCCAGAAAAGAAGGGGUUGAUAUUAAAACAUGUAGAAUAUGAAGUCACUAGCCAAAGAUGGAAAACAACUGUAUUAAGAAGAUACAAUGAUUUUAUUUCAUUCCAUGAAUUGUUAAUGUUAAGAUUUCCAUAUCGUUUAAUUCCAAGAUUACCACCAAAGAAAAUGAUGGGAGCUAAUAGAGAGUUUAUUGAGCAGAGAAGAAGAUCGUUAAAAAGAUUUUUAAUUAUAGUGGCUCGUCACCCCCAAAUUAAUGAUGAUGAAUUAUUAAAAUUUUUCUUAACUUACAAUGGAUCUGAUAUGCAGCAUAAAAUAAAAGAACAUUUUCGAGGGAGUCCAGAUGAGUUUAUGAUUAGUAAUUUAGCUAGUAAAGCCAAGGAUUUAGUGCCAUUAGAUACCCAAACCCAGAUAUCUUACAGUAAACAACAUAUCCAGUUGUUGUACAACGGUGUAUCUAAAAUGAAAGAUAUAUCUGAAAGAAUGGUUGUGAGUUCAGCAGGGUUUGCUACAGACAUGUUAUCAUUUGGCAGUGAAUUAAGUCAAAUGAGUAAUGAUGCCACCCCAGUGACAGCCUGGGCUACUGGUAAUAAUGAUAGCUGGACACAUUUACAAAAAGGUUUUAAACAUUUAUCAGUAGAAUAUGCAGCUUUAGCUGAUAAAGCUACACAUGAGGCACUAGAAGCUGAAGAAGGGGUUGUAGAAAAAUUAUCAUUAUUCCAAGAUAUGUUAGUGGCUUACAGAGAUUUAUGUGAUAGACAUGAAAAAGGUGUACUCAAUGAUCACCAAAGAGCAAUACAGAAAAUGGGGCAAUAUAAGAAGAAAAAAAUGUCUGCAACUGUAAAUACUGCUGAGACAGGCACAGUUGAACAAUUAGAACAGAGAAUUUUAGAUCAAGAAAGUCAAAUUGCCAACAUGGAAAAUAGGAAUUAUUAUUCUUUACAUUGUCUUCAAAUGGAAACACAAUUGAUACAUGGUAAUUUAGACAUAUUUUAUGAAGUUCUCAGUACAAUGGCAGACGUGGAAGCUAGAGCACAUUCAGAGUUGGCAAAUGUUUGGUCAGCCGUGAGACCUCUAGUGGAAGGGUUAAACCCUACAACUGUCUCGAGUCCAUCGUCGCCUACAACAAUAUCGCCUAUAGGUUCGCCUCUAAACAGUCAUACUGGUAUUACAAUGUAA